AUGUCAAACCCAGUUCAGUUCGUGCCAUUUCUUGAUCAAAAUUAUGAAGAUAUUCAACGUGAAUGUUUACGUAACAAAACUCUUUUUGUUGAUACGAAAUUUCCUCAUGAUCAAACCUUUCUCAGUGAUGAACAAGUGAAGAAGAAUAUCAUCUGGCGACGACCGUACGAAGUUACCGAUACACCGAAAUUCUUUCUGAACACUCCACAUCGUCGUGAUCCGGGACAAGGUGAUCUAUCCGAUUGCUGGUUUGUCGUUGCAGUGGCUAAUUUAACGCUUCACAAGCAAAUCUUCGAACGUGUCGUACCGGCAAACCAAACCUUUAAUAAACAGAAUGGCUACGUUGGUCUCUUUCAUUUUCGUUUCUGGCAAUUUGGUCUAUGGUACGACAUUGUCAUCGAUGAUUAUCUACCAUUUAAUAAGAAAACUCUCGAACCAUGGUGUUCAUGGAAUCGGCAAGAGCGAAACGAGUUCUGGGUGGCAUUAAUAGAAAAAGCUUAUGCGAAACUGAACGGUGGAUAUCGAAAUCUUAUUGGUGGUGCACCGAUCGAAGCAUUUACUGAUUUAACGGCAGGCGUCGAACAACGUUUCAAACUAAAUGAAUCAAUUAAAGAACGAAAGCAAUUCUUCAAUUUUAUUAUCGAUAGUUUGAAACAUUCGUGUCUUAUGGCUUGUUCGAUUAAUCCGAGAGCAGAUGGAUCCGAUUUGGAAGAAAUCAAACCAAAUGGUCUGGUCGUUGGCCAUUCAUACUCGGUCACGGCAGCAAGAUAUUUAAAAUAUAAGAAACAAAUAUUAUCGAUGAUUCGUCUACGGAAUCCAUGGGCUAAUGAAAUCGAAUGGGCGGGUGCCUGGCAUGACCGUGAUGCGAGAUGGAAUCAUUUAGAUGGCGAAGAAAAGAAAAGGAUGUCAUGGCAAGAUUCAGAUGAUGGAGAGUUUUGGAUGACAUUUCAAGACUUUUUUGUUGAAUUCGAUAUUCUGGAAAUUUGCCAUCUGUCUCCGGAUACAUUCCAAGAAGAAAUACAUCUCGACACAAACAUUCAAUCAGCUUCAAAUUCAGAUCCAAUGACAUCGUCAAUUUUCAAAAAUCAUCGUGCAUCUCUACGCAUGUCAAUUCCAACAUCUCUAAUAGCAGAUUAUCUUCCAUUCCAACGAAAAACAUGGUCAUGUUUAGCAUUUGAAGGAGAAUGGAUCGAAAAUGUAUCCAGUGGUGGUCGAUGCAUCACUGCGUGCGAACAUGGAUGCGAUUUCUGGAAAAAUCCACAAUACGAAAUCGAAACUAAUGCUGAAGAUUCAACUAUUAAAUGCGCCAUCGUUAUCUCCCUCAUGCAAAAGUACAAUCGCCUUCGAUUCACGAACAAUCCGAUUGAUCGUUAUGAUUACAUCCAAGCGCGGAUCUAUAGAGUAAAACUAGCGCCGACAACACCCAUUAGGAGGUCUCAUGGUCGUCGUUUGGAGAGAAAGACGUACGAAAACGAUGAUCUCGAAUUCAUUGGAUAUACAGGAUCGUACAUUAAUCGACGAGAAGUUACUUUAUACUUGCGGAUCACAUCGGGCAAAUAUGUCAUCGUUCCGAGUCUUUAUGAACCGAACAAAGCUGGCCAUUUCCUUCUACGAGUCUUUGUGGAAACCAAUUAUUCAGUUCAACGUUCAUCUAUUUCAUUCCCGUCAUCAAUUAACCAUCAAUUGACACGUUUAACAAUUGCAACUCCUGUCACUUCGUCGCCGAAAUCGAUGUCAACUCCAAUAAACCUUUGUAGUUGUUUAUGUCCUUCUGACAAACAGAAAGAGAAAAACGAAAUACAUUUUUUUCCAACAACUUAA